AUGAGUUUAAGCAAGGAACCCAAAGGUACUAAGUGGAAAGGCUACUAUGAAAGUGCUCGAAAGUAUAAGCCGCAAUGGCAAAGAAAGCAUCCUUGGAAAGAUGAUGAGGUCCUGAAGAAGAUCGAGCUUGAGCUUGCUGUUGCUAUAACGUGUCAUUGUGCAAUUCGGGCAGUUGACCAUUUUGGUGAAAUAAUUGUGAAACACGGAGAUAAGAGCAAACUGGGAGAACUGAAGCUUCAUCGAACAAAAUGCAGCCAAUUAAUCAAACGCGUAAUCUCUCCUGCCCUAUACGACGAGUUACGUAGCGAUGUUUCUGGCAAGAAGUUCUCCGUUCUCAUAGAUGAGUCAACAGAUGUAUCAUGCAAGAAAUAUUUGUGUGUAACAGUGCGAUAUUUCAGCGAAAAGCAAGAGAAAAUUUGCACAGCAUUUAUCAGUUUAGUUUCCCUCGUAAGCGCCACUGGGGAAGAUAUAUUCAAUGCCUUAAAACUAAGUCUUGAAGAUGCUGGAUUAAACUUAGAAGAUUGUGUUGGCUUGGCAUGCGAUGGAGCAUCUGUAAUGGUCGGAAAGCAUGACUCUGUUUAUUCCAGGAUGAAGAUAGUGUCUCCAAAUUGCAUCCUUAUGAAAUGUAUCUGCCAUUCACUCUCCCUAUGCAUAAAACAUGCUUUCGAAAAACUCCCUGCUAAUCUUGGAUUUUUGCUGAGCGAGAUCCCAAAAUGGUUUUCAAAAAGCACACUAAGACGUGAAGCAUACAAAGAUCUCUUCAAGAUCAUCAAUGGCGAUGAUGAAACCGUGAAAGUAAGUGGCGCCUUUCAGAAGAAUUCCACAACAAGAUGGCUUGUCAGAGGCAAAUUGCUGUACAGCAUCUUAGUAAGUUGGGAAGAGCUAAAAACCUACUUCUCAAUUGCCGAAAUAGAAGCUGAUGCUUCUAGAAGAUACAAAGCACGUUUAAUUGCAGAAAUGAUAAAAGACAAUGUGAAUAAAUUGUAUUUUCACUUCGUUACACCCAUAGUAAACGAAUUUGAAAGGAUAAAUGCAUUUUUCCAAGCAACAGACCUAGAUCCAGACUGUAUGAUUAAAGAACUGAAUUUGUUCCAUAACAGCCUGACCAGUCGAGUUUAUCUCCCUGAUGGCAGCCACGUAGCAUCAGAUAAAGUUGGUUAUGGUGCUAAGUACAUAUUUGAACGCAACGAAAUGAUGGGGAGGAAGCAACUUACUGCUCAACAAGGAAGGGAAAUUGAUGCAAGAUGCCAUCACUUGUUACUGGAGGCUGCAGCUCAAGUAGCAAAGCGCUUACCAGAUUCCAAUGCGAUUUUUCAAUCCAUUGCAUAUCUUAGCCCCUCGAGUGUACUCAGUCAAGUGGAAUGUAUGCCAUUGGCAAAGUUGCCCAUGCAGCACCUUAUUCAAGGCGAUGUUCUGUCAACUAUUGAUGAACAGUAUCGAAAGAUAAAAUUUAUUGACUGGGCCAAAGAGAUGAAGGAAGGAAUACCACAAGAUUCCUCAAAAUUUUGGGCUGCAAUAUUCUUAUACAAAAACGCCCUGGGCGAGAGGCCAUUUAAAGAACUCGCAAGCUAUGCACUGUCAUGCCUCACAACACCAACCAGCAAUGCUGUUGUCGAAAGAAUAUUUUCUUACGUUACUGCAGUCAAAACAAAGCCAAGGAACAAGAUGUCUCCUGUCAUGCUUGAGGCAAUCGUGCGCAUCAAAACGAAUUUGCAUUUCGAAAAUAAAUGUUGCAAAGACUUUCGUGUCAUUCCAAGGAUGUUAGAGCUGUUCAAUUCGUCCAUGUAUGCAACAGAAGGAAUAAAUGAAGAUGAUGAUGAUGAUGUGAUGAUGCAAGAUGAAUAG